CGGAAUACCUAAACUACGGUCUUGCCUUAAUUCUCUGAUCUCCUAUUUUCCAUCAUGCGUAGGUCUAGCUGCCGUCGACGAAAAUCUGCAGCAAAGGAACUGCCCAGAGAAAUAAUGGAAACAAUUUUGGAGCGACUGCCCACUCGAGACGCCGCCAGAUGUGCUCUCCUCUCAACUCAGUGGAGGGCGGCUUGGUAUAGCCAAGGGCGGCUCGUCUUUGAUUGGGCCUUCUGCUGUUCCAUAACCUCCAUGUAUAAGUUCAAUAAAGCUUCUCAAGACGAAUGCUUUUCUGUUGUGAGCAUAAUAAACAGCAUUCUUAUGCUAAGAUCUGGACCUAUUAGGAUUUUCACGCUUGACUAUCCUGGCCGACUCAAUGACCUAUGUCGUGCUAUGCCGUUACCGCAGGCUAAUAUGGAUGGGUGGUGUGUUUUUCUGUCAAAAAACGGCGUGGAGGAGCUUGACCUGUCUACGUCCCAUCCUGGACAUUUUAAGCUACCAUCUUGUAUAGUCUCAUGCAAUACCAUUAAGCAUCUGACUCUUGAAUGUUUCGAUUUCUCUUUGCCUGUGAAUGCUGGAUGUAUAUUCCCUGGACUCCUUUCUGCAGUGUUUAGGAGGGUUUGGUUCAGGGGUAAUUAUGAUCAGGGACUGGUCUUCAGUAUUCCGAACCUUGAAAAGCUGGCUUUCGAUUCCUGUACUGGAGUUACAAAUUUUGUGAUCAGGGCUCCGAAACUUAAAAGUUUGACUCUAUUUCGUUGUGUAAUACGUGGGAAUUCAAUUCAAAGUGGAUUAACGCUUGCGCUUAUUCUGAGCAAUGUUAAGACCCUGGCCAUCUGUUUCUCCUUGUCUUCGGAUACGGCUGUGUCGAGAGGGACCGAUGUAACCUUCCAAACUGCGAUAAAUCUGCGAGAAGGCAAACUUGAUAGCUUCAAUUUUGGUUUUGAGAAGCAUCUAAUUUUUGUUGUGGAAUUGCUUAAGAAAACCCCCAGACUAUGUACGCUAGAGAUUAAUAUUCAGGAAGGCUCAAGAGAAGGUGAUCCAGCACUUUUGGAGGACCUUUUUAAAGCUAAUUUUCGCAUGCUUGAGAAAUUGACACUCAACAGGUUCCACGGAUCCAAAAUGGAACUGUGUCUUGUGAAAUUGUUACUCUCAAAGUCGCCUGCACUGCAAAAAGUUGUUAUUCAUGGAGCUCAAGAUAUCAAUGACUCUUGGGCUUUACGGGCCCCAGAAAAGUUUUUGAGCUUUCCUCGUGCAUCUCCCAAAGUACAUAUUGUUUACAAUUCAUGGAGUACAAAUCCUUGAAAAAAGACUUCAAAUCCUGGCUAGUGGUAUCUUAAUUUAUUAUGUGCUUGGGAAUGUUAUAGCUAGUUUGGUUGGCCUGAUCGAAUUUUGAGCUGAAAUUUAGUAUGGAUAAACUAGAUUUGACAAGGAACAUGCUCAAAAAAUCAUUUACAUAGUUUGAAUGUGGGGGAUUUC